AUGAAACUUCUGCCGGAGACGUCGCCAAACUACUCGUACUGCCUCAAAUACGCUCGGGGGCACACCCCGAGAGCUCCAGGGGCGACCACGAACCCUCACGACCAUCUUGACAUUUGUUACCGAAAAUACACCACCAAACGCCCAAUCAGUGGCCAGAAGCUCAACUUGGUGUUUUGCCAUGGCAAUGGCAUGAACAAGGGGAUCUGGCACGUGCUUAUCGACCAGUUAUACGGCAAUUACCCCCAGCUUAAUACGGUACUAGCGUUCGACCACGCCCCCUACGGCGACCUGGCCUUAGCCAAUCGUACUCGUUUAGGCCCCGGGUUCCGCUGGCGGGACGGAGCAAAAGAUAUCGCCCAAGCCACGGUGGCAGAACCAGCAUUUCUCGACCCUAACGCCAUUAAUGUGAUUAUCGGCCACCUGAUGGGCGGGUGUAUACUGUUGAUGGUGGUGGAGUACGAGCCGAGAUUGUUCCAGGGAGCCAUUGUCAUCAAUCCGGUGGCGGUCGCCGACGAGGCGUGGGUGAAACGGAUGGAGUGGUACUUGCCGAUGUUGAGAAAGCGGGGCUAUCUCCAGGAUACCAUCGAUACGUCGUCGUCGCCGGGUCCGUGGGUGGACCAGGUGCUCCAGUGGUUCAAAACUAAGCUGUUUUAUCACCGGUUUGACCCGCAAGUGCUUAACAAUUUGGUCCACGACGAAGUGCUGGGAGUAUACGAAGAUGACCGCUCCUAUAGCGAAAUCAAGUUUAAAACUACCACCAGAGCUCAGGAAGAAGGCUACGCCAGCUCGCCGCUGAAUGCGCUUGAAGCAAUGACGGUGUACGGGUCAAUUACCGUUCCCAUAUACCACAUUUGUGGGCGUCAAGAUACGGUACGCCGGGGGCUUGUGGAGCUGUUACGUCGCCGAGUACCCGUAGUGGAGUAUGUUGACGUCCCGGGGUGUUUCCACUUGAUGCACGGCGAACAGCCGGGUAUCACCUAUGAGUAUGUCAGUGGCUAUAUUCGUAAGAUAUUGGCUAAUCCCGGGGAACGGCCAAUCACUGAUAAAGCUACCCAGGCUCAAUUUGGUGACCACUACCGGGAAAAGUACUACGAGUACCGUACCGAGGGAUUUAUCAACGGUAAGCUUUAA